AUGGCGUUCCGGUUCCGAAGGGAGGGCCAGCGUGUGAAGACGCGGGUGCCCCUGGCUCUGAGUGGCUUCAGCCCCUUCAUGAAAGAACUCAAGUGGGAAAUCUUCGAGUGGCAUUAUAACAGACACAUGGGGCCCCUGGCAGUCAAGGCCCUCAUGCGCCACCAGCAAGGCAAGCAGCACCCAACCAGGGGGGCCCCCAGCCAGGGGCCCCCCAGCUGGGGCCCCUAG